AAACAUCUCUAAUAUUUGCAAACAUUUAUCCCCCAACCAUCCAAUUUCUAAUCUGCACAGCCACCCGUGUGCAUGAUCCCCAGACGCAGCCGGCUACACCAGCCAGCUGUUGGAUUAUUGCCACAGCACUAUCUCAUAGGAGGAAGGCGUGUCACUCCCCUGAAUUGCUCAGCGCCCCUUUGUCCUCGGUCGGUGCCCAGCCAACGACACUCAUGGCGGCUGCACCCGUCAGGCAGCGCUCCGGGCCGGGGGGACCUCGGGCGCAGCUCCCGCCCUGCUACUACGAAGCGUACCUGGAGAAGCGAGGACCGAAAGAGAAGGCGUCCAGGCGACUGUGGACCUGCCUGUGUGGGAAUUCUUUGUAUUUCUUCAAUAAUGCCAAGGACAGUCAUUAUGUGGAGAAGCUGGACCUCAGUGGGUUUGUGUCCCUGAAGGACGACUGCAGCCGAGACAGAAACCUGGAGGCAGCCAGACUCAUCCUGCGCAUGAAGGAUGGAGAGACCAAACUCACAGCCCCUAACUUGGAAUCAAGGGAGCUGUGGAAAGGUUUCCUCUACGCCGUUGUAGAUCUGAAUGUACCGUCCUGUCUCACGUUGCUGCCGGGCCAGCUGCAGAUGCUGAAGGAGGUGGUGGACAAAGAAAGGUCCAGGCGGAGAACUCGCACUCCCACGCGUGCUCCUCCCUCGCCCCUCUCCGUGCCUUUAGUAGGAGAGAUCCCACCGUGUUUUCGACCGGUGUCUCGAACAGAGGCUGAAGUCCUUCUAGAGAGACACCCAGACUGUGGCAACAUGCUGCUCCGUCCAGGCAGAGAUGGAUGCUCAUUGGCUGUCACUACUCGGCAGGACCUCAACGGGUCAGUGUUCAGACAUUACCGUGUGACCCAGAGGGACCAAGGUGGUUAUGUCAUCGAUGUAGAAAAUCCUAUUCCCUGUGCUACACUUCACGAGGUCAUCAACGCUCUGGUGGAGAAGACGGCAGGAACUCUGCAGCCUUUCCUGUUGGAGGAGCCUUAUGAAGAGAAUAUCACAUACGUUUCCGCCAACGAUGAGAACGGAGAAAGGAUCCUCCACACUGCCCCCACCAGCCCACUGCCAAAGGCUCCUGCCCUGCCUCCAAAACAAGAUCGUUGGCCCAGCAGCCCCCUGUCCAGGUCUCCCGCCCCCGACCGCCGGAUCCUGACCUCCUCAGUGCCGGCCUCGCCCACCAACCCGAUGAGACGACUCAUCCUCUCCCCUUCACCUCUCGCACAGUCACUCAAUGAGGAACUGAAAAUGAAGCUGGAGAAGAGACGAGCCAGUCAGGAGUGAUUCACUCAUCAUACGGAACAACCUCCUAUCACAGCAAUCUUCAGUGCCAAACUCCUUCUCACCGCAGCUAUGUAUUCAUCCUGUGCCUUCUAGGUGGAAGACAAAGGACUACAAAUACCGCCGUAGGGAUGCACAAAAUGUUGGACUUUAAGAUGGUUAAAUGGACUCUGGUUAGACUGGAUGGUAAACACUGGAUUAGGUUCAUAAAACCUCGUAAAACGCUGCCUGCCUUGGUUGGGGUAACAAUCCACUUGUGCUUUGUCCACUCGCAUAAAGCUGUUUACAAGCUGUCUCUGAGCAAAGAAAUAAUGCCAAAACAAAUUCUUGAGUCUACACUGAAUCAAUAUGACUGGCAGCUAAAAAAGAGAGCACCGACACAUUCAGGACCACCAACUGAGCCUGGUGUUUUCUCGUCUGAGCUGCUGAUGUUACUGCUGCAACACUGGAGACUAAGAACAAACAAACCAUAGACUGCCAAGAUCAACAAACUCUGACCUGAGACCUGAGACACUUUAUCUGCUCUGAAAGUAAAAUAAGCCAAGCAUGCUCAGGUUUCGGCUCAGCAAUUCUCUUCACUCACCUCAUCACAUGUAACAUGACUGAAAAACAAAAGAAAAAAAUCGUCUGUGAAUACAGUCGAGCUCGCCCGAAACUGAAAACUGCACAAUCUCUGCCUGCUGCUCGUGAGCGCCAUUUGUGAUUGAUAAGCAACCAUUAAUGUAUUGUUGAUUCAACUCAACUUUAACUGUACUGUUGGUGCUUAUUUUGAAGUGUUUCCUUAUUCUCUGCUACUGUGUUCGUGCUACUGUAUGGUGCUAUGAAUCACCAAUCUCCAGGUGAUUUCUGUUCCUCUUCCAAGAAAAUCAAUCUACUGUAUUCAUAUGUGAGAGUGCCCUCUAGUGAAACGGCUGUCAACUAGAGGGACAGAAACCUCAUCAGCACAAAGUCAAACACUUUGCAGACUGAACCUGGCAAAAACGUUUGGCUUUUAUCACAGUAUUACACCAUUUCUCUACCUUUUAAUGACAAAAUGAUAAUUUAUUACAGGUCUAAAGGUGCCUAAACAAUAGCAACAUUUAUUUCUACAUUGACAUUUAUUUAUGUCGAGUAGAUUUGAAAUGGCAAACUGUGAUCAACUGACUCAUAAGUGUCCUCUUUGUCCUCAAUGAACAGUUUCUUGUAUGUUUGUACAUGAUGUGUCGUGUCUACUUGAUCACUAUCAACGAAUAGUGUUUGUUAGAUAUCAAGGGCAUUAAAUGGUUUUGCAUGGA